CUCCUCUCCUUUUUUUCUUGCAUCUCUCUCACAAUCUCUCUGUUAUAAUUACGUCUCUCUCAUUUUUAUAGCUUUUCUUUUCUUACAAACAAACAAACACACAGUAGUCAGGUGUAGGGGGGAGUUAUAUAUACAGUCUUUUUGUUGUUCUCUUCUUUAUUUUUUGGUGUUAGUGUAUGCAUAUACAAAAACUAAACGGUGAAAAUUAUAGGCACCAUUAUAUAUAUAACAACACAUAUUCGGUGAGAAGGAGAUACAUUAAAUCAUAAUUCUACAAUGUCGGCUUACAGAGAUGAAGAUCCUCGUAUCCAUGGCAUCCAAACCAAGAUUCGUGUUGUCCCCAAUUUUCCCAAACCAGGUAUUAUGUUUCAAGAUGUCACAACUCUGUUGCUGGAUCCUAAAGCCUUCAAGGACACUAUUGAUUUGUUUGUUGAGAGAUACAAAGGAAAAAAUAUUUCUGUUGUUGCAGGAAUAGAGGCGCGAGGAUUUAUAUUUGGACCUCCUAUUGCCUUGGCUAUUGGAGCAAAGUUUGUCCCAAUGCGAAAACCCCGAAAGUUGCCGGGUGAAGUUAUUUCAGAAGAAUAUGUUCUGGAAUACGGCACAGACUGUCUCGAGAUGCAUGUCGGUGCUGUCAAAUCAGGAGAACGAGCUUUGGUGGUUGAUGAUUUGAUUGCCACUGGUGGCACUCUGUGUGCUGCUAUGAAUUUACUGGAACGUGCUGGAGCAGAAGUGGUCGAAUGUGCGUGCGUAAUUGAAUUGCCUGAUUUGAAGGGUCGUGAGAGACUGAACGGAAAGCCAUUGUAUAUACUGGUUGAAUAUCACUAAUGAUGGCAUAAAUGAUUCACUUGAGCAUGAGGAUAUGUACAUUAGAGGGAUAUUGCUGGUUUGAUCUCAUUCGGAACGAGCUUUAUUAUUCUCUUUAAUUCACCUAUUAGUCUAGAAACAUUGAUUUCAUGCCAAAUUCUUGAUUUGGACAGAUAAAGAAGUAAAAUGCUUGUAGGAAUCUUUCAUUUUUAAGUCCCUUUUUCAAUGAACUUUUAUUUA